GUUGCCAGGCUGAGGGUCGGGCCGCCGCGGCUGCAGGAGCAGAACGUUCCGCGCCUCAGCCCGUAGCGGAGCGAGCAGCCGCUUCUCCCGGCCGCCCAGCACCAUGAACACCAUCAAGAACGUGCCGGCCCGCGUGCUGAGCCGCCGGCCCGGGCACAGCCUGGAGGCGGAGCGGGAGCAGUUUGACAAGACACAGGCUAUGAGCAUCAGCAAAGCCAUCAAUACACAGGAAGCGCCAGUGAAAGAGAAACAUGCCCGCAGGAUUAUCUUGGGAACUCACCAUGAGAAAGGAGCAUUUACUUUCUGGUCCUACGCUAUUGGCCUCCCCCUGCCCAGCAGCUCCAUCCUCAGCUGGAAGUUCUGCCACGUUCUGCACAAAGUCCUGAGAGACGGGCAUCCUAAUGUUCUUCAAGACUGUCAGAGAUAUCGGAGUAAUAUCCGAGAGACAGGAGACCUGUGGGGGCACUUGCAUGACAGAUAUGGGCAGCUUGUGAAUAUUUAUACCAAACUUCUACUCACCAAGAUAUCCUUUCACCUAAAGCAUCCUGACUUUCCCCCAGGCCUAGAAGUGACGGAUGAGGUGCUAGAAAAGGCUGCUGGGACAGAUGUGAAUAACAUCUUUCAGCUCACAGUCGAAAUGUUUGAUUACAUGGACUGUGAACUCAAACUCACAGAGUCAGUUCUCAGACAGCUCAACACCGCCAUGGCCGUGUCUCAGAUGUCGUCUGUUCAGUGCAGGCUGGCUCCUCUCAUCCAGGUGAUCCAGGACUGCAGCCACCUCUAUCACUACACCGUCCAGUUAAUGUUCAAGCUCCACGCCUGUCUGCCAGCUGAUACGCUGCAAGGUCACCGAGACCGGUUCCACGAGCAGUUCCGCAGCCUCAAAAACUUCUUUAAAAGGGCUUCAGACAUGUUGUACUUCAAGCGGCUCAUCCAGAUCCCGAGGCUGCCAGAGAGCCCCCCUAACUUCUUGCGGGCGUCUGCCCUGGCAGAGCACGUGAAACCGGUGGUUGUCAUCCCCGAGGAGGCCCCUGAAGACGAAGAACCAGAAAACUUAAUCGAGAUCAGUACGGCUCCUCCAGUGGAACAGCAGAACGUGUCGGAUAUAUUUGAACAGACCUUCGGCCCCCCCAAUGGCGUUCGGGAUGACAGGGAUCUCCAAAUCGAAAACCUAAAGAAAGAAGUGGACUUGCUUCGGGCUGAGCUAGAGAAAAUUAAACUGGAGGCUCAGCGGUACAUCACGCAGCUCAAGGCCCAGAUCAACAGCCUGGAGGCUGAGCUGGAGGAGCAACGGAAACAAAAGCAGAAAGCUCUGGUGGAUAACGAACAGCUCCGGGAUGAGGUGGAGCGACUGCAGAGGGCACAGCUGGAGAGCAGCCGAACGCAGGGGCUUUACGUUGAAGCUGAAAAGAAAGCCAGCGCCACGGAAAUGCGCUACGCCAAGCUGAAAGAGAAACACAGCGAGCUCAUCAACACGCAUGCAGAGCUGCUGCGAAAGAAUGCAGAUACUGCCAAGCAGCUAACAGUCACCCAGCAGAGCCAGGAAGAAGUGGCUCGUGUCAAAGAGCAGCUGGCAUUUCAGAUGGAGCAAGUGAAGCGGGAGUCGGAGAUGAAGCUUGAAGACCAGACCUUGCAGAUGGAGCAGCUGAAGAGAGAACUGGAAGCCAAGAAAGAAGAGCUGACCCAGAUUCAGAGUUCGCUCAGCCAUUCCAAGCAGGCUGGCUCUGAGCUCCACUCCCAAGUGGAAGCCCUGCAUGCUGAGAAGGACUCGCUGAGGAAGUCGGUGAGCGAGAAGGAGUGUGAGCUGCUGUCUGUAAAGGGCCUGAUUCAGGAGAAGGAGCUGCUGUUGAACCAGGAGGCAGAGAGGAGUGCUAAAGAAAUCAGGGAGCUGCAGGGGAAACUCAUGGAAAAGAAAAACCAGGAGCAGAGCCUCCAGCAGAAGCUUCUGGAUGACCAGUUUGGUAUGCUCCAGGGCACGGUGAAGGAGGCAGAGAACAUCAUCCAAGACGCCAUUGCCAAGCUGGACGACCCCUUGCACGUCCGAUGCACCAGCUCUCCAGAUUACCUCAUCAGCCGGGCGCAGGCAGCACUGGAGUCUGUGCACUCCUUGGAGAAUGGGCACGGGCAGUAUGUGACCAACAUGACAGAUGCCACUGGGUUGGUGGCGGCCCUGGCCCAGUUUGCUCACUUGACUGCCGACACCAUCGUGAAUGGCAGUGCCACGUCCCACAUGGCACCCACUGACCAUGCCGACAAAUUAAUUGAAACCUGCAGGGCCUGUGGGCAUCGGAGUCUGGGGUAUCUGAACGAGCUGAAGGAUAAGCAGUUGCUGAGACAGGCAAACCCGGAGGACGUGAGGAGAACUCUACAGGGCAUCCUUCAACUGGGCCAGGAGCUGAGGCCUAAAAGCUUAGACAUCAAGCAAGAAGAGCUGGGUGAUAUGGUUGAUAAGGAAAUGUCCUCCACCUCAGCAGCGAUUGAAGAUGCUGUCAGAAGGAUAGAGGAGAUGAUGAAUCAGGCCCGAAAUAAAAGCUCCGGCGUUAAACUGGAAGUGAACGAGAGAAUUUUGAACUCCUGCACUGAUCUGAUGAAGGCUAUUAGGCUUCUCGUAAUGACAUCCACCAACCUACAGAAAGAGAUUGUGGAAAGUGGAAGGGGGGCAGCAACGACACAAGAAUUUUAUGCUAAGAACUCCCGUUGGACGGAAGGCUUGAUCUCUGCCUCCAAAGCUGUGGGAUGGGGAGCCACACAGCUCGUAGAAUCUGCAGACAGAGUGGUUCUGCAUACGGGCAAAUAUGAAGAACUGAUCGUCUGCUCCCAUGAGAUUGCAGCCAGCACAGCCCAGUUGGUGGCUGCAUCCAAGGUGAAAGCCGAUAAGAACAGCAGGAACCUGGGCAAGCUGCAGGAGUGCUCCCGCAACGUAAAUGAAAUGGCUGCCAAUGUUGUGGCUUCCACUAAGUCCGGGCAAGAGCAGAUUGAAGACAAAGAUACUAUGGACUUCUCUGGCAUGUCGCUAAUCAAACUGAAGAAGGAAGAAAUGGAGACGCAGGUGAAGGUGCUGGAACUAGAGAAGAAGCUGGAGAACGAGCGAAUUCGUCUCGGCGAGCUGAGGAAGAAGCAUUAUGCUUUGGCUGGAGUGUAUGAAGACCCAGAUGAGGGGAAACUAGCUGUGGCUCCAAGGCGGAGCAUCUUGAAGAAGCCACCACUGGCUCAGAAACCUGCCUACCCCCUAAAACAGGACUGUGAGCUGGAGCAGCAUGACGGCGUUUUUCAGGCCCGCAUUGUAAAUUUCUAGGGGGGAUACAGAAGUUGAUUCAGCACAAAAGGAAGAGGAGGCACAGGCUGCUGCAUUCGCCUUCCAGCCACAGUACACUUCGUCUUGGUGGUGGGGGCUAGGAUUCCUGCUAGGCUCGGACGGUGCGGGCACCACGUUUCCCCUCACAGGGAGUCUAGGAAGAGCUCCACGUACCAUGAUGUAGGCAUUCCAAAGCUGUUUUAUCUGUGUUUUAAACAGAUACUAACUGGAUUAACCCAAGAAUUGCCUUCAAGCUGGCAGGCUGUUGUUGUUCAGCUGGUUCUCCUGACUGCCACAUGUGAAGAAUAACAUGACUUUACACUUCCUUUCUGUCACUAGAACAAUUGGGUUACUGUCGUUUACUAAAGCAAUGCUAACGAUGCCACGUGGCACAUCAGUUAUACAGAAAGCGAUUGGAGCAGCUCUCCUAGUUGAUUUUUUUUUAUUUAUCAGCAAUAGGAAUCUUAAGUAAAUGUAGGUGUAUCUCACUACUGUAGUGUACAAACUUUAAGGAAAUGUGAAACGUUUUUAAAGUAGGAAGUUGCUCUUUUCUUGCAGCCAUUUGCUUUAACAAUGUGGCAGGCUGAGAAAGGGUAACAGAUGUCUCUGCAUGGGUAAGUACUCAAAGGAAGAGGCAUCAUUUAGUUUUAAACUGUCAAUGUUUAAAUGUUUUUAAAGGAACAGGGCUCAUACAGGGGAGAACUAGUUAAUAUAUAUGAUGGCAAUAAGGGUGCAAACUUUUUUCUUAUUAAUGGCUCAAGGUCAGGGGAAUAGUUUCACUGUUUAUAGUUAAGAAUUAUCAGAAUUAAUCUUGGUGUAUAAUAUCCAUGCAAUAAUUAUUGGUAGAAAGUCUGCAGCAAUAAGAAAUUUUGGGGAGAUGUUAAUUUAAAGAGACACCGUUGGUUUAAAUACUAUAAAAAUUCCUUCCCCUGAGUUCCUAGUAACAUUUAGAUUUGAGAACAUUUUAUUUAAAUUAUAUAUAUAUUUUUGCCUUUCUUGCUGUUUAUGGCCCAUAGUCACCUUCACUAUAGCGCAUUGUAGCUCUCGUUUGUGAAGUCAGUUUCAGGUCCUGGGUCUCACGCCCUAGCCCAGUGCUGCACUGUUGGGAUUGCAGGCACUAGAUGGAAAUGUUUUAGACCUACAGUGUCUCUCUGGCCCGAGGAAGUGAUGUAUAUAGGAAUGUGUGACUGCUCUUCAGUACAGAAUGCUUAGGGAGAGCCUGGAACCGGCUUCAACUCCCACUUCCCAUCCUGUUUGUUCUCUACUGUAGGGGAGACGUCACUGGCACAUUGCCACAUCAGGCUUCUAAACUGGAAGUGUGGUUGUCUUCAUGCAUUGUUUGAUCAGCAGCAUAGAGCCAUGCACCGGCCUUUUUUCCCCCCACACCAGUGAUUUGGUACUUCGCCUCCUCCACUGCUGAGAGCAUGGCACAGGCAGUAACGUGGUCUGAUGCUGUACUGCAGGGGGAGUCAGUAGGCAAACCACUAACCAAAUGUGGACCGCCAGACACUUUUGAACGGACCCUGAAAUCUUUACUUAUGGUUACUGCAGUGUGAAAAAAUGUUUCUCUGGAGUCUGGACCUUGACUAUUCUUUGACAAAAAAUAGACUCCUCCUGCUGUAUGUUAUAAUGAAUUCUCACUCUCAGAGCUUAAAUUCAGCUGGAGCAGAGCUCCAGGAAAUACUCAAUGAGAAUUUAAGCCCUGUUCGCAGAGCCCUGUACUCAGCAUUUCAAAUGCGGAUGCAUACGGUUAAUUUAUGCAGCAAUACACCCCAGGUUGAAAAUGUUGGCUGCUCUGUCUUCUGAAACCACUUUUUACUUCCGGGAUAGUGAGUUUUGUCACUUCAAGAUUUCAGUUAAGGAAUCUGACCAUUCAGAACCAAGAUUUCUGAUAAUUGAAGUGAAUCCAGGUGACAACUAGGCCUGUCACUGCACCCUGCCCCAGUUAAUUGAAGGUAUGUCCAUGUAGACAGCCACACCACAAAUCACUUCUAAAGGUAGUACUGACAUACAGCGGUUGCUUGCUAUCAACUUUUCAGUGUGAAGACAAGACUACAUGAUGGAACUCUCACAGCAAAAGGAGAACUGAAGACUUUUAUACUGAAAUCUGUUUGUUAUAUUUUAGUAGCAGGAAAGCUUGGUUUUGUACUCUUUUGUAAAUCUCAAACAAGCAAUAAAAUGUGUUCCUGGGUCUAA